AUGGGCAAUUGUACCAGUUUACGUGAUCUUGUAGGCCGGAAUUCACCCGAUGCCACACAGAGUCAUAUAAUUGACAAGCAAAUCAAAGCCGAUGAAAAGCGUAUGAAAACCGAAGUCAAGAUUUUACUGCUGGGCGCAGGCGAAUCGGGAAAAUCAACGAUUCUCAAGCAGAUGAAAUUAAUCCACGCUUCUGGGUUCAGCGAGUCCGAGCGCGAAACUUUUCGCAUGGUAGUGUUUUCCAAUAUCGUCGCAGCGAUGCAGACAUUGUUUGAGGCCGUCGAUCAACUAAAUAUCUCAUUAAAAGAUCCAUCGCUUCUCCAAUACAAAUCGUUCUUUGAAGAUGCUCCAUUGAUAAGUAAUGCACAGCCUUAUCCUCAAGAGUAUCUAGAACCUUUGAAGCAGCUGUGGUCCGAUUCCGGGAUUCAGGAAGCAUGCCAACACGGAAAUGCUUUCGCACUACAUGACAAUAUCCAUUACUUCUUUGAUGAUUUGGAUCGGUUGUGGCAACCAGGAUACUUGCCCAACGAUCAAGAUAUUAUUCGCUGUCGCGCCAAGACAACAGGUAUCAUAGAAACCAUUUUCCAUCUAGGGCCGUUGACCUAUCACAUGUUUGACGUCGGUGGUCAACGCAGUGAACGGAAAAAAUGGAUCCACUGCUUUGAGAAUGUCACCGCCAUUUUAUUCGUGGUGGCUAUUAGUGGUUACGAUCAAUGCUUGGUGGAAGAUCGCGAUUCAAAUCAAAUGCAAGAGGCGCUGAUGCUGUUUGAUACGAUUUGCAAUUCAAAAUGGUUUGUCCAUACGUCGAUGAUCCUUUUCCUGAACAAGAUUGAUAUUUUCAAGAAAAAGAUCCUCACAUCCCCAGUAUCCAAAUGGUUUCCCGACUUCCGAGGCGAUAAUAACGAUCUCGAACAAACGCGAACCUAUUUUAAACGAAGAUUCCAGCAUUUGAACCGCAGCACUGAAAAGCGUGUGUAUUCCCACUAUACUGACGCCACUGAUACAAAUCUCUUGCAACAUGUGAUGAUGGCUGUAUCCGAUAUCAUUCUCAACGAAAAUCUUAAUACUUUGAUGCUGUAA